AUGGAGCCUUCAAGCAGCAGCAGCAGCAGCAGCAACACGAGGGGAGGCCCUGAGGAAAAUGUAGUAACAACAGAGAGAGCAGCAGCAGAACCAGAAGCUGCAGCAGCAGCAACAGCAGCAACAGCAGAAAGAAAUGAUGCAGGGGGAGACAGUGUAGAUAAGGUGUCUCCAACGGGGCAUCUCCCUAGCAGCAGCAGCAGCAACAGCAGCAACAGCAGCAACAGCAGCAGCACGAGUGCAGCCCGCGAGGACAGCAGCAGCAGCAGCAGACACCUGCGGCACCUGAACUGGAUGGAGUUACCUGCAAGGGCCCCCCAGGUACCCGCGGGGCCCCGUGUGUCUUGGGCAUCUGCUGCUGCUGUUCUUGAUAGUGUUAGGAGCAGCAUUAACCCAGAUAGCAGCAGCAGCAACAGCAACAGCAGCAGCACGGGCUCGGCAACAGCACCAGCAGCAGCAGCAGGCAAUGCAGCAUCACGAGGUCCUCCACGAAUGGUUAUCGGGGUUUGCGCAAUGCGUGUUAAGACGGACAGUCGUCCUAUGCGGGAGAUUUUAGAGCGGCUUGAAGGAUUUGAGGAAUUCUCUGUUCUUGUCUUUGAUGAGAAGGUAACCAGUAAAUAA